AUGCAUUUGACUCUCUAUCUUGCUAUCGCACUACUUGGCGGCGGCGUUAAUGCCCUCAAGUCCACUGCCACUGAAGACUACAUUGCCACAGAGUCCCCCAUCGCUAAGAGAAAUGUUCUCAAUAAUAUAGGGCCUCCCGUCGGAGCUUUGCCAGGCGUCGUUUCUGUUGCGAGCUCAAACAACACUGACCCAAGCUCUAGGUUUACGUGGAUUCGUGACUCUGCGAUGGUCAUGAAGUCUCUCAUCAACGAGUUCACUUUGGGCUUAGAUACGUCCUUGAGAGAUACUAUCGAAACCUAUCUCCUGGGGCAAUAUAGGACCCAGCUUAUUACUAACCCGUCAGGGACGGUAUCUACUGGCGGCCUCGCAGAGCCCAGGUUUAAUUUCGACUACACUGCCGAUACAACAUCCUUUAGCCGUCCUGAGAAUGAUGGCCCGCCUUUGCGUGCCAACAACCUCAUCACUUAUGCCAAUUGGCUUGUGGAUGAAGAUAAGAACACCACCUUCGUCGAGAAUGUCCUGUGGCCCAGUAUAAGCCUUGACAUAGAUUACAUUCUGCACCACUGGAAUGAGACAUCCUUUGAACUAUGGGAAAUUGCCUGGACAGAAUCCUACUGGACUGCUGCUGUUGAAGUUCAUGCUCUGCGUUCCGCGGCUAUUCUUGGCCGUAAGAUUGGACGCGAUUAUGAAGUCAAAGGAUGGGAAAGCACGGCGUCUGUGAUCUUGAGUUUCAUGCAGUCUUUUUGGAAUAAUCAGGCGAACUACGUAUCAGGAAACACUAUUCCUGACCGUUCGGGCAUCGAUUCCUCGACAGUGCUUGCCUCCAUAUAUAAUUACGACCCUCUUGCAGGUUGCGACUCCCUCACGUUACAGCCGUGCUCGGACAGGGCCUUGAUGAAUCUCAAAGCUGUCGUGGAUGGAUUCAGACCUCUAUACCCGAUAAACUCGAAGACUGGAGCAGCGGCAGUCGGACUCUGGACUGAAGACACUGUGUUCGGUAGUCCCUGGCAUCUAUCCACGUUUGGCGUGGCAGAACAACUAUAUGAUGCUCUUGCGGUGUGGAACCAGACCAGCUCCAUCACCGUGACGACACUGUCCCUGCCAUUCUUCCAACAGUUCUUUAUAGCAGCUCUAGCGAUAACGUAUCGUCCUGGAUUUAUUGGAUACCAAGAAAUCCUCGACGGUGUGAAAGCAUUUGCCGACAACACUAUCCUCAUUGCAGCAAAUUACACGCCGCAAGAUGGUAUGCUCCCUCAGAUGUUCGACAAGGAAGAUGGAAAGCCCCUAGGGGCGAACGGUCUAUCUUGGAGUUAUAGCGCGGCGUUAUCUGCAUUCGACGCGCGGAAUGGAUUGAAGCCUGCAUCGUGGGGAGCUCAGGGCCUUGCCCAGUCAUGCACAUCGCAACAUAGCGCGGAUGCUUUCAGUUUUGAGGAGGCAGGGUUCCUGGAACGCAUGUACAAGGCAGCUGCCGAGUUCUUCCAGGGAUAUCGUGGCUAUCAGGAGUAUGCGUACCAUCAAGGCUAUAGGAUCAUUGAGCAGGAUAGCUACGAGGCACCGGCAGCCUACAUGUAUUCGAGGGUUUUUCGCGAGUACGGUCGUUAG